AUGAAUGCCAUCAACUAUAGAGGGUAUCGCAUGCAGCGUGUGGCAAGUUUGGCAUGCGACAUGGACCCCAUAGCGGCUGUUGAAGAGGAAAUCGUCAAAGUUGCGGAUGAAAUACAGGCCGUUGGUGCAGCGAUAGCGACUUGUACAGAUAAGGGUUCAUUAGAUUUCCUGCGAAAGGAGAAGGAACAGCUGCGUAAGAAGGAGGAGCAGCUGCGUAAGGAGAAGGAACAACUACGCGAGGAAAAGCUAAUCUUGCUUCGCAAAGAUGCGGAUGCGACUUGCGUUGACAAACCCAAGUCCUUCUCAUCAGUGUCCUUGAGGGAGGCUGAGCUGGUUUUGCACACCAUCGGCAUCAGGCAGUGCAAUGGCAGGAUUGUGGCAAAUGAGGAACUGCAGGUUCCCGCGGGCAUGGCCGACUGCGAUGAAUUCGACUUUACACCACAUGGGUCUGAGGAUGAAGCUACACCGCGGCUAAUGCAGCACCACCAGGAGCAGCUGGAGCGCCUGGGGGUUAAAUUUAAUGUGAAAGGCGGCUUCCAAAUGUUUGUGCACAAUUGCACGUCUUAUUCCCUGUCAAUCUGCUGUGUUGGCCAAACCUAUCGUGGCAUUUUCGACGGCUGUAUAGCACCAUAUGGCCUGAUGGGCUUCAGUUCCCUGGAACAGAGCCGUAUCAUAUACGAGCACAAGAGGCCACCACAGAACCCAUCGGCUAAGGCCCAGGCAGUCAUGAAACUGCUGGCUGCUAACGCCUAUGGGCCAUGUCCAGUUAUGCUGGAUGUGACGGAUGGCACCACACAUGAUGUGUACACCAUUCGUGGAAAGCGGCUCAUCACGUGGGCUGGGCUGGGCCCAACACAGGCCUACUACCUGCAGGUGCAGCACCUCCAGGCAAAUGAGAAACGCGCGCUUUUGUUGUUAGAGCUGGAGCAGAUUCCGGAGGAGGAACAGGUGUGGAUGCGAGAACUGCACCAACUGCGCCCCGUUCCGGGCCUGAAGGAGCAGCUGGACUCGAUCAUUCCCUUCCUGCCUCCGGUGGAGCGUUUAUCCACAGCGUUUGAGCUCAUCCGCUCAUGGAUACAGACACACCCGGAGCCUGUCCCUGACCGUUAUCCUGGCUACUAUCCAACCUACGUCCCUCCAAUUUACAAGUUCUGUUGA